GACAGACCAAAGGAUGCUGAUGUUUCUGUUGGUGACAAAGGGACUACAACCACAGCAUUGAUAUGUAGUUGCUCGUUGUAUUCAUCAUAUAACAGACACCCCAGACAGAGGACUCCAGUUUCUAGUCUCUCAACUCCUCUGUUCCUAAGCUUCUGUAUGUUAGCUUGGGAGACUAACAGGUUCCGGGACCGUACUAGCCAAUCCAGUGAAAAAUAUAUAAUAUGGUAGAAUCUUUGGCAUGGCAGUACGAAAAAUGGAGGGCACUACGCAAGCUAAGCUGCUUGAGAUCAAGGAAUGGUGUCUAGUAAACAGGGCCUUAGUCUCCAUUUGUUUCCAAAAAGAGACCAGGUUUAUGCUGAGAUUAGGCCGAGAUAUGGAACACUGGGAACACUGUACGGUGGUUCUAGUUCUGGUCUCUGGGCCAUCCAGGAAGUGUGGGUUUGACUACUACCGGUGUGUGGGUUUGACUACUACCUGUGUGUGGGCGUAUGGUGUCAUUCCCUACGUUCGUAAAUGAAAAUUCACUACGUGUUAUCCGAUAGCACCGACUGUCCUCAACAACAGAGCUUCUGAUUGGCAGCCACUAGAAUGCAUGUUUAUCGGGGUAUCUUUUAGUUUAGGGGCUCUACGAUAGCUAAAAGCCUCUCCUCAUUUGGGCUAUUGUCGCAUGGUUUGGGCGACGUUGCGAGCCAGCGGAAACCAUAACUUUUCUCGAGAUAUCUCCGGCGAAGAAUGGCAACAAAGGACGGGAAAAGAGUGGUAAACAGUUUAAACGUUGGACGGAUGAGCAAGCACAAGUAUAAAUAACUCACUCUACCAGAUAGCACCCAGACCAAG